AUGUCUGGACGUACUAUUCUUGCUAGCACCAUUGCUAAACUUUACACCGAGGAAAUCACUGCCAAAGUGAAGCAACUCCAAAAAGUCCCAAAACUCGUGGGGUUCCUCGGAAAUGAUGACCCGGCUGCCAAAAUGUACGCCAAAUGGACUGGUAAAACUUGUGAGUCUUUGGGGUUCCACUAUGAGCUUCGUGAAGUUGAAAAAGAAGACCUCGAAGAAGCCAUCAUCGGGGCAAAUAAAGAUGCCGCCGUCAACGGUAUCAUGGUUUACUUCCCGGUUUUCAACAAUGGCCAAGACCAAUACUUGCAACAAGUGGUUCUGCGUAACAAGGACGUUGAAGGGUUGAAUCACAAGUACAUCCAAAAUAUGUACCACAAUGUCAGAUACUUGGAUAUCGAGGAAGCCAAGGCUGCUGGUACCGAACCUCAAAUUAAAUCCAUUUUGCCUUGUACCCCAUUGGCAAUUGUCAAGAUCUUGGAGUAUCUUAAGGUCUACAACUCUUUGUUGCCUUACGGUAACAGAUUGUACGGGAAGAAUGUGGUUAUUGUGAACCGUUCUGAAGUGGUUGGCAGACCUCUUGCUGCCUUGUUGGCCAAUGAUGGUGCCACCGUUUACUCUGUGGAUAUCAAGAAUACCCAAAUUUUCACCAGAGGUGAAGGUAUCAAGAUGACCAGACAUCACUCUGUCGACACCGACAUUUCUCUCGAAGAAGCCGCCAAGAAUGCCGAUGUUAUCAUCACUGGUGUGCCAUCUGCAAACUACAAGUUCCCAACUGAAUAUGUCAAAUCAGGUGCCGUGUGUAUCAACUUCUCUAGUGAAAAAAAUUUCGAUCCUUCAGUUAAGGAAAAGGCUUCUUUGUAUGUUCCUUCAAUUGGUAAGGUUACUAUUAUGAUGUUGUUGAGAAACUUGUUGCGUUUGAUUGAUAACCAAAUUAAUAUCGAGGAAAAGAAAAAUGCUACCUCAUAA